GACCGGUCAUCCGACACAAUCUACGCACUCUCAACAGCACCCAGCAAAUCCGCCAUCGCCAUCGUGCGUCUCUCCGGGCCACGGACGCAGCUAACGCUCCGAAAAAUGCUUCCCCAUCCACCCCGCCCUCGACAAGCACAGCUGACGCGGAUCCACCACCCAACGGACCGCACAAACACGCUCGACCGCGGGCUCUGCCUUUUCUUUCCGUCGCCCAACUCAUACACGGGCGAAGAUAUGGCAGAGCUGCACGUGCACGGGGGCACCGCCGUCGUCGGCGCCAUCCUACAGGCGCUCGGGAGCCUUCCCGGGAUGCGGCUGGCGGAGGCGGGGGAGUUUUCGCGGCGGGCGUUCGACUCGGGCAAAAUGGAUCUGACCGAGAUCGAGGGGGUGGCGGACCUGGUCAACGCGCAGACAGAGGAGCAGCGGCGCAUGGCUGUGCGCCAAGCCGGCGGCGAACUGCACCGGAUGUACGACCGCUGGCGCACGCAGCUAGUCGGCGCGCGUGCGCAGAUGGAGGCCUUUAUAGACUUCAGCGAGGACGAAAACAUCGAAGACGGGGUCGUCCCCCAGGCACGUGCAGGGGUGCAGGUGCUGGGCGCGGCGGUUCGCCGGCAUCUGGAUGACCGGCGGCGCGGGGAGCUUCUGCGCGACGGCGUCGAGCUGUGCAUCGUCGGGCCGCCGAAUGCCGGGAAAAGCUCGCUGCUCAACCGCUUGGCGCUGCGCCAGGUCGCCAUCGUGUCGGAGGUUGCCGGGACGACGCGCGACAUUGUCGAGGCUACGCUGGACAUCGGCGGCUUCCCGGUGGUUAUCAGAGACUCGGCGGGGUUACGCGAGACCACGGGCGACGCCGUGGAGGCCGAGGGCAUACGGCGCGCGGUGGAGGCUGCGCGCCGCGCCGACGUGCGCGUUGUGGUGCUGGAUGCCGAGCAGGCGAUGCGGGCGCGGAGCAUUGCCGAUGCCGUCAGCCACCCUGCGUGGCUGGAGCUCAUUGCGAUGCCGCACACGUUCGUGGUGCUGAACAAGGUGGACAGGCCGGCGGUGCGUGGGUGGGCGCCGCCGCCUGGCUUUUCGCCGGGGCUGCGCCCGGCGCUGGUCUCCUGCGUUACCAUGGAGGGCUGGGAUGCGCUGAUGCGGGGGGUGGCGGCGGAUAUCCGCGGCACAUGGGGCAGCCACUCGUCGGCUGCUGCGUCGAUGCCGCUGACGAAGGCGAGGCACAGGGAGCACCUGGUGCGGUGCAUGGGCCACGUCGACGCGUUUGAGCGCUGCGAGGAUGUUGUGCUGGCGGCCGAGGAGCUGCGCCAUGCGGCGGAUGCGCUGGGGCGGAUCACCGGUAGGGUGGGCAUCGAGGACGUGCUGGACGCACUGUUCACGCAGUUCUGCAUCGGCAAAUAA